AUGUUUUCCAACUUGCUCUCAAAAUUAACAACCCCAAACAAGAGAAAGAUUCAAAUUUGCAUGUUGGGAAUUUGGUCUUGCGGAAAAACAACACUACUAUACAAAAUGGUGGGUCUUGAUGGAGGUGGUCAAACCAUUCCAACUAUCGGAUUUAAUGUUGAAUCAGUAGAUUGUGAAUCUCAUACUCUUGAAUUUUGGGAUAUUGGAGGAGGAUGUGCAAUUCCACCAUUGUGGAAACACUACAUCACUCCAUCAGAAAAUUUAAAUACAAAUUGUAUCAUUUUCAUGAUUGACAGCCAGAAUACAGAUAGACAGUACCUACAGGAAUCUUUUAGGAAUUUGAAAGAUAAUGUUUUACAGGUGGCUAAUGUCAAGUUACUGAUCUUGUUGAGCAAGUAUGAUUUUGAUUCACAUGAUGGAACUGUGAAUCAGUGGGAAAUUACAGAUAUUUUGAAUGAGUGCAAGUUGGUUGAUCCUUCUUAUGAGUGGGUGAUCAAGAAGUGUAAUGCAAGGAAUGGGAAGGGAGUCGAGGAAAUUCUUGAUUGGAUUGUGGAGAAUUGUUAA